AAAAAUUCAAAAGAAUGAACUUCUGAGACCGCGGAGCUCCUCCAUUUCUACCCAUGGAGAGGCUUCAUCUCUUCCCCCUCCCUUCUCCCUGAACUCUAUCCCGUUGAUUCCCUACAACCUUUCAUACCCUCAAAACCCUGAAUCUCUCGUUUGGACCCGUUCGAUUGGGAGACCUUAUCAGAGGGAGGGGUUGACUGAACGGGGAUGAUUCAGCUUCUGUUCACGGUGAUCUUCUCGGAGACGGCCCUGAUCACGGCGCUCCUGUUCAAGAACCCUCUGCGGAAGUUGGUGAUCACGGGACUGGAUCGGGUGAAGCGCGGCCGCGGCCCCGUGGUCGUGAAGACCGUCGGCGGAACGGUCUUCGUGGUGAUGAUCUCUAGUGUGUACAGUAUGAUGAAACUACAGAGGAGCGGGAUCGAUGAAGGAGGCAUUGUUAAUCCGACGGAUCAGGUUCUCGUGGCCUAUCACCUCCUUGAAGCUUCUCUCAUGGGAUGCUCCUUAUUCCUUGCACUAAUGAUAGACAGACUGCACCAUUAUAUCAGAGAACUUCGUUUACGAAGGAAGAGCAUGGAAGCUGUGAAAAAACAAAGCAUAGCUUUUGAGGAUUGGAAAGCUUGUAGUGCAGGGGAAAUCAAAGUAUUGGAGGAAGAGAUGAAUAAAUUGCAGACAAAGCUUAGGCAUCUGGAAUCUGAACUUCAGACAAAGAUAAAGGAGGCAGACUCUGCAGAAAUCAAUGCAGUUGCUCUGAAGAAGCAAUCUGAAGGAUUCCUUCUUGAGUACGACCGUUUGCUAGAGGAAAACCAAAACCUUCGGAACCAGUUGCAAUCAUUUGACCGGAGAUUGUCACGUUCUGCUAGCAAGAAGAAUAUGUAACAACUGACGGACAUUUUCUGCAUCCCUUCCAGUUCUUGUGCAAGUUCUUUGACAAGUUUGUUUAUUACAGUUUAGUUGUUAUCCAUGCAUCAUUGUAAGUCUAAGUGAAUGCAAGCACUAAAAAGAAAAGAAAGAAAAAGAAGAAACAGACAUUUGAUAUAUAUUUUUUCUUUUGUGAAAUUUUAGCAUAGCAAGGCAUUGGUUCAUGCUGAAUUGGUUUUGUCCUGAUGAGUUGCAAUUUGUAUUUUGUAAGUAGGGUAUAAUGAAAGAGAAAUCCUUACUGCUGAUUUUUUCUUCCGAUUGUGUACUCUUGGAUUGUGAGAUAACUCUGGAGGAUCAUCAAACAAAUAUUGUUCACUAAGAGUUAACGGAUGGUUGGACUUGAUAGAAGUUUAUGUUUAAUUCUUGAU